UUUGAUUCGUAUAAUUGCAAGUAGCACACGCCCAGUUCAAUGCGUUGAUAGUUUUUUGUACAUAUAGUGCAUAAAACUUUGAAUUUGUACUACGCACAAAUCAGUAGUUUGAACUUAAGUGCCUUAAAAUUUCGAAUGUAAUCGGUAGUGAUUCAACAUGAACGAAUAUAGAAGUGAGAAACGACUGGCGUAUCUGUAUCCUCUUAUCGGUGCAUUAUCGUUUAUCUGUUGCAUAUCGACCGCUGUGGCAUGGCAUCACUGGAGAUACGUGCUUGAUACCUGUGUAGAAACCAAUUGCGGAUGUAUUCUCAAUGGCCUUUCGACACCAACUUACUUCACGGGUGGCCAUGUUGCCUAUUGUCACUGGGCUACCUAUGGACUUGUACUGCCAAUAUUGUUCUGCGCCAUUUUCGGUAUUUAUCAUGUAUUUCGUGUCUGCUGCGGAAAACCUAGGGGUAAUACUUCAACGGCUACGGUUCGACAAAGAUCUGGAGAAGUUAUUGUAAUGACAACUAAGACUGAUGUUACUGAGGAAGAUGAUAUAAGCCCCUACUACUGGAUCCCAGUCAGUAUUAUCGGUAGUUUCAUGGCUCUCUUCACACUGGUUCACGCCGCAAUGUAUUUAAAUGGAUUUUUAUAUAGCUGCAAACAGUAUCGCAAUGAGUUAAUUAAGCAUAUGCAAGCUAGUGGACCUCUUGUAGCGGCCAUCCAAGGAAGAUUGUCCUGCGCAUCAGUUUUCGAUUUUAUGGAUUAUUUGCACCAGGAUGUAUCCUGGGAUCGUCGCCGCGAGGGUAGAAUAAACACAGCCGCCGCACUGAUCAUCGGACUUAUAUGCUCGUGGACUUGCAUCGCUCUUUGGAUUUGGACAGUAGUUGUUGCAGCCCAACGUGCUAGAGCAAGUCGCCGCGUACGAGUUUAACAUUGAAAAUCUUCGUAUUGUGAACUUUUAAUUAACCUAUAUGUCAUGCUUAAUUGGAUAUAAUUCAAAAUAGUACACACUUUAAAAUUCCCUCCGCACGUAACCGAUGUUUAAGACAUUUGUAAAUGUUCAUGAUCAAUUUAAAUCAUACCUACUUAUCAAAUGAAACUGGUAUUACCAUUCCAUUAAACAUGCUGAUUAUUGUAUACCACAUGUGCAACUGACAGUGCCGACUGAUAACGAACAAAAAUCUAGUGCCUUUAAUAAUUAGUGAAUCACUUUUUAUCAAAACACCAGGGAAUGUCCAUUGCUAUAUUUUUUUAGUCAUAAGAUUAGUUUUUAAAUAUAA